AUGGUGACAUCAGCCACACAAACCGUCUCGACCAGGUCUGACUUGACCGAAUCGGAUUCAUCUGGCCCCUCGACUCGUCGUGGUCCGUCCGGUUCGCGCUGGUCCCAUAACCCGGUCUUCCGUGGCCUACUUUCACCCAUGAUCGAUGUUCGUUGGUCCAGUCGGGGCAAAUCUCCCACUGGUGGUGGUGGUGGUGCUCGAUCAAACGGGCUCGGUAUCAUCUCCCGGUUUACUCGUUCUGCAGCUCAAUCGGAUGGCGCGUCCAGGUGA